AUGUCACAAUUCGAAACGACUCAAAUUCAACAGGACGAUUUCAUUCGAGUAAGUGAACUUGGCUUCAAGGAUAGUCAUGAUAAGCCAUUCUUCAUUCAAGGCAUCAAUUAUUGGUCAUGCAUGAACUUAGCAGCAGAAGCAGAGAUGGGAGGAAACUUGACAAGAUUGCAGGUGGAACUUGACAGGUUGAAAGAGGUUGGUGUGAAUGUGAUCCGAAUCAUGGCUGCCACUGAAGGUGCAUCAGCAAAACAACCUUUUCGUGUUUAUCCAGUCAUGCAACCAUCACCCGGUCAAUGGGACGAAAGAAUGUUUGUCGCUUUGGACAGAUGUAUUGCAGAAGCAGGAAAACGAAAUAUUCGUGUGCUGAUGGUGAUGGGUAAUACAUGGCAAUGGACAGGUGGAAUUGCACAAUAUGUCAGCUGGGCAAAUGAUGAUUUACAGAUCCCUUACCCGAGAUCGUGGGAUAUGAAGGCAGCUCCACAAAGAGAUGAUGGUUAUGCAGGAUGGGGAAAUUGGACAGACGCAGAAGCGCCUUCACAAGGUGGAGACGAUUUCAUGAGCUUCCAAGCAAGGUUUUAUGAAGAUACAAAGGCACAAGAGCUAUAUGAGAAUCACCUCCUGAAAGUGUUGAACAGGACAAACUCCAUCACUGGUAGAGCAUACGUUCACGAUCCAACAAUUUUGGCAUGGGAACCACUCAAUGAGCCACAGACAGCAGAUGCAGCUGGCAAAAAGAUAGCAGGCACGAGUGAAGAUGACCCGAUGAUCGCAUGGCAUCACAAGGUAUCCUCUCUGAUCAAAUCGAAAGCCCCUCAUCAGCUGAGCACCACUGGCUCUGAGGCCAAGCAGAGUGAAGCACUUUUCAAAUCUCUUCAUGCUCAUCAUUCGAUCGAUUUCUGCUGUGCGCAUAUCUGGGCUGAAAUAUGGGGAUAUUACGAUAUGCUCGAUGGUUCGAGCAAUUCUUUGCAAAAAGCCAAGCACUUUGCUUCGAAAUAUCUUGACAAAGUCAGAUCAUGGUCGAAUGAUAUCAGCAAACCGAUCAUCCUGGAAGAAUUCGGAAUGGCUCGUGACAAUUGGAAGAACAAAGACAGCGCAUACACAUACUCGACAAAAGCUUCAACGACGCAUAGGGAUGCUUACUUUUCGCAUUUGUUCGAGAUAGUGUUCAGCAGUUUUCAGCAACGAACAGGAUUUGCAGGCUUGAUGCCGUGGUCCUAUGGAGGAUUGUUCGAUACUGAAACGCAGCAGUACAAUUCGUUUGAUAUGGUUUUGGCUGGUGAUCCUCCUCAAGAACCUCCAGGAUGGUUUAGUGUUCUGUAUAAUGAUUCAACGAUGGGUUUGAUGUCAAAAUGGCAUGAACAGGUAGUGUCACUCUUUGUAUGUUAA